AUGACCAUGAAGCGUGAAUCAGCGAAAACAAGAGAAGCUCCAAAGUGUCCGAAACAGUCUCGAAUCAGCGAAAACAAACGAGUUUUCACUAGAGGAUACGGGACUCACAUCGUGGGCGGCCGCGAGAGGUUCCUGCAGGCGGGCUCCUCCCUGUCGCUGGAGUGCGUCGUCACCCACACCCGCGCCCCGCCCACGGCCGUCCUCUGGUACCACAACAGCGACGUCCUCGACUACGACUCUCCGAGGGGCGGCAUCGCUCUGCAGGUGGAGAAGUCGGGCGACCAGACGACCUCCUCGCUGCUCCUCUCCUCCGUCAGAGACUCCGACUCCGGCAACUACACCUGCGUCCCCGUCAACGCCCCCACCGCCUCCGUGUCCGUCCAUGUCAACAACGCUCGCGGCAUAUCUGUGUUACAUCGUCGCUUUGCCGUCAAGCAGCGUCUAAGUGGAGGACUUGAGGAGCUUCCCUCUGUUAUUGCCGACUUGGUCACGCCGAUUGUCUUUUGUUAA